AUGUGCUCCCUUCCCAUGGCAAGAUACUACAUAAUCAAAGAUGCGCAUCAAAAGGUUUUGUAUACACGGAAUGGCCAGCUCCUGAUGGGAGACCCUGAUUCAGACAACUGUAGCCCAGAGAAGAUCUGUAUCCUUCCUAACCGAGGCCUGGACCGCUCCAAGGUGCCCAUCUUCCUGGGGAUCCAGGGAGGAAGUUGCUGCCUGGCGUGUGUUGAGACAAGAGAAGGGCCAUCCCUGAGGCUGGAGGAUGUGAGCAUCGAGGACCUAUACAAGGGCGGUGAGCAAGCCUCCCGUUUCACCUUUUUCCAGAGAAGCCUGGGCUCUGCCUUCAGGCUCGAGGCUGCUGCUUGCCCUGGCUGGUUCCUCUGUGGCCCCGUUGAGCCCCAGCAGCCGGUGCAGCUUACCAAAGACAGUGAACCCUCUACCCGCACUGAGUUCUACUUUGAACAGAGUCGGUAA